AUGGCAGAAAAUAGCGGCGCUGACAGCAGCAGCGGAGGACACAUUCCCCAAUAUAUUCCUUCCAAGCACGUCCCACUGACAGACCAGCUAGAAAAGGACAAGGAUGACGAGAGCUUACGGAGGUGGAAGGAGAGCCUACUAGGCGAACUAUCGCUCGACGACAAAGGCAAGCGAGGAGGCUCGGCGGUCGAGUUUUCGGCUGUGCGGCUGCUCGUGGAGGAGCGGGAUCCCAUCGUGCUUCCGUUGCCUAAGGACGGCGAGGCCGUGGCGACGCCGGCGAGCUUCGAGCUGAAGGAGCGGUGCAAGUACCGGCUGCAGUUCGAGUUUACGGUCGCGAACGACGUGGUGCUGGGCCUCACGUACGUCAACACCGUGUAUAAGGACGGCGAUCAAGUGGAUACUUCUAAGGAGAUGCUUGGAGCAUAUGCGCCCCAAGCGAAGCCGUAUGUGUAUGUGACGGAAGAAGAGACAACGCCUGACGGGGAGGAGGUUCGUGGCAAAUAUACGGCAGAGACUAAGUUUACUGACGACGAUGGCAAAGUUUACUUGACAUUUUCUUACUCUUUUGAGAUUAAAGAAGACUGUGCCCGGCCCAUAUUGACGCGAGCAGACCCGAAAGGCGACGCGAGGGAGCUAUGGCGCCGCGAGAUUGAAGCUGAUUCGGCAGCAGCAACGGAUUUUGAGGCGGUAGAUGCGGACACAGUGAGGGAGGAGGCGCAACGGUUGACACGUAAGCAGGUCAUGGAACGGCUCGACAAGGCGAGCUAUCAGGAGCUUCGCGAGCUGCAGGAGAGCGGUUACGACUCCGAUGGCGGCAGCAUGCGGCCCGGCGGUGGUGGGAAUAGCGCGGAAAGCGGAGGGAUUGUGUGGAAGGAGGUGGUGGAUAAGAUUUUGGUGGCGGACUUCUUUUUAAUCACCAUCGCUCUUGUCUGGUUUCUAACGGGUGUGCUGCAGCGGUCUAUCUCGAAUGACGACGGGCUGCUACUGGCGUGGUUAAAGCUGUGGGACCCCUUGUUCCAACCGGCCAUAGCCGCCGCAGCAGCAGCAGCAGCAGCAGCAGCAGCAGCAGCAGCAGCAGCAGCAGCAGCAGCAGCAGCAGCAGCAGCAGCAGCAGCAGCAGCAGCAGCAGCAGCAGCAGCAGCAGCAGCAGCAGCAGCAGCAGCAGCAGCAGCAGCAGCAGCAGCAGCAGCAGCAGCAGCAGCAGCAGCAGCAGCAGCAGCAGCAGCAGCAGCAGCAGCAGCAGCAGCAGCAGCAGCAGCAGCAGCAGCAGCAGCAGCAGCAGCAGCCGCAGCAGCAGCCGCAGCAGCAGCCGCAGCAGCAGCAGCCGCAGCAGCAGCAGCAGCAGCAGCAGCAGCAGCAGCAGCAGCAGCAGCAGCAGCAGCAGCAGCAGCAGCAGCAGCAGCAGCAGCAGCAGCAGCAGCAGCAGCAGCAGCAGCAGCAGCAGCAGCAGCAGCAGCAGCAGCAGCAGCAGCAGCAGCAGCAGCAGCAGCAGCAGCAGCAGCAGCAGCAGCAGCAGCAGCAGCAGCCGCAGCAGCAGCAGGGUAG